CUUUUAUCUUAUUAUAUCAUACUAGUUAUGAAUUAAAAUUACACGCAUGUACGUUCUGUUGGAUGGCAUAUCAAGGGAUGUGAAUCAACAGUCUUGGAGGGGUCAAAAGACGACAACAGGAACUGAAUAAACGGUUCAGUUAUGCAGUACUAUCGGGCCCUCCUGUCCCUCUUCUUCGGUGUGCUUGCGCUGCUGACUGCCACCUACGCGUGCUGUCUGCCAAACAGGUUCGUUAUGACUUUCCUCGCCGGAAUCGAUGAGAUGAAACAAAAUGGCGAUAGGCGUACGUACAAUGUUCUUGGGAGAUUCGGUGCUGAUUUCGGCCAGCAGAAAUUCGGUAUUUUCACCAGGGAACCAGGGGAUACAGCUGUCGAAAACCGAUGGACUUUUGACUUCGUUAAGCGUGAAUUAUUGUAUACUCGCCGGACCAACAACGAGCCAACCGUGUGUGAUGUUCAUCCUCUCCACGGCCAGUUGGGCAAGGAUUAUAGAUGCUUCCUCGAGAACAAGAAGUUUGUAAGGAUAACUCGACAAUCCUACAUGUACAAGGUUCAUCUGGGAAAGUUUGCGAAGAUGUUCGGUACCUUCAGACGGACAGAUGACGACUAUCAUAUUUGCGAACCUCGAGGACUACAAACAAUCGCCAUAUUGACGGGCUUAGGCAAGACAGUGCACAUACGAUUUUUCGUCACCGGUAUUGAGACAGGGUCGAGAAUUGAUAUGUCCACUACUUGCUCAAAGAAGAACAGUGCUAGUAACGGAAUGUCGUUUCCAACUUUGGCCGCGUUGUCGAAAAUGAGUGAAAGGGGGAUGGCAGCAAUGUUUCGUCGGUUUGGAACAAAGCAAGAGGCGAAUGUACAAGCUGAUGGCAGACCACCACUCAUUACUUCCAAGUGGAUAGUUGGAAAAUGGGUGUGGAACGGCCACAGGUACCAGUGGUUACCUGAUGAAGACCUCGUUACAAAGGGUGGUGAAAAUGAUGAUGAUAAUCCUGAUGGUAGUGUUAAUGCUGUUGAAGGAAGUGGAAAUGGCAGUGGCAGUGCCAGUGGUAAUAGUGGAGAUUAUGGUGACGACGAUAAUCCUGAUGGUACUGUUACUUAUAUAGAAGGUAGUGGAAAUGGCAAUGGCAGUGGUAAUAGUGAAGAUUUUGGUGACGAUGAUAAUCCUGAUGGUAGUGUUACUGCUCUGGAAGGAAGUGAAAAUGGCAAUGGUAGCGGUAAUAGUGACGAUUUUGGUGACGAUGAUAACCCUGAUGGUAGUGUUACUGCUGCUGGCGGAAGUGGAAGUGGCAAUGGCAGGGGUAAUAGUGACGAUUUUGGUGACGAUGAUAACCCUGAUGGUAGUGUUACUGCUGCUGGCGGAAGUGGAAGUGGCAAUGGCAGGGGUAAUAGUGACGAUUUUGGUGACGAUGAUAACCCUGAUGGUAGUGUUACUGCUGCUGGCGGAAGUGGCAAUGGCAGCGGUCAUAGUGGUGAUUAUGAUGACGAUGAUAAUCCUGAUGGCAGUCUUAAUGCUAUCGACGGAAGUGGAAGUGGCAAUGCCAGUGGCCUUGUUGAUAAUUAUGGUAACGAUGAUAAUCCUGAUGGUAGUGUUGCUGUUACUGAGGGAAGCGGAAAUCGUAGUGGUGAUAAUAAAAACGAUGAUACUGAUGGCACUAUGACUGGCUGGGGAAGUGGAAGUGGUCGUGGUAAGGUUGGUGGCAGUGGUAGUGGUGCUAACGAAGAUGAUGAUGGAGAUGACGACAAUACUGAUGGCAAUACUGAUCGCAAUAUGACUAUUUGGGAAAGUGGCAGUGGCAGUGGUAGUGGUAGUGGUAAUGGCAGCAGUAGAGGCAGUGAAGAUGAUGAUGAAGACGACGACGACAUAACUGAUGGCACUGUUACUUUUCCGAAAAUUUGUAGUGGCAGUGGUUGUGGUAGUGACAGCAAUAGUGGAAGUGAUGUUGGUGUUGGUGGUGAUAGUGGCAAUAAAGAUGAUGGUGGUGAUGACCACAAUACUUAUGGCACUGUUUUUGUUCGGGAAAAUGGUAGUGGUAGUGGCUGUGGUAGCAGUUGUGACAGUGGUAGCGGUGGUGGCAGUGGUAUGGGGAGUGGUAGUGGUAAUAAAGAUGAUGAUGGUGAUGACGACAACACUAAUGGCACUGUUACUGUUCACGAAAAUGGUAGCGAGUGCGGUUCUGGAAGCAGUUGUGACAGUGGCAGCGGUAGUGGCAGUGGUAUGGGUAGUGGUAGUGGCAAUAAAGAUGAUGAUGGUGAUGACGACAACACUAAUCGUACUGUUACUGUUCAGGAAAAUGGUAGCGAGUGCGGUUCUGGAAGCAGUUGUGACAGUAGCAGUGGUGAUGGUGGUGGUAGUCGUAGUGGUAGUGGUAAUAAAGAUGAUGAUGGUGAUGACGAUAACACUAAUGGCAAUGUUACUGUUCAGGAAAAUGGUAGUGAGUGCGGUUCUGGAAGCAGUUGUGACAGCAGCAGUGGUGGUGGUGGUGGUAGUCGUAGUGGUAGUGGUAAUAAAGAUUAUGAUGGUGAUGACGAUAACACUAAUGGCACUGUUACUGUUCAGGAAAAUGGUAGUGAGUGCGGUUCUGGAAGCAGUUGUGACAGUAGCAGUGGUGGUGGUGGUCGCAAUAAAGAUUAUGAUGAUGACGACAAUACAGAUAAGACUCCUACAUUUGGGGAAAGCGGUACUGGCAUAGGUAGUAGCAGUAGCAACGGCAGUGAUAGUGCCAGUGACAGUGGCAGCGACAGUGGCAGUGUAAUUGGCAGUGACAACAUCAGUGACAGUGGCAGCGACAGUGGCAGUGACAGUGGCAGUGUAAUUGGCAGUGACAACAUCAGUGACAGUGGCAGCGACAGUGGCAGUGACAGUGUAGUUGGCAGUGACAACGGCAGUGGCAGUGGCAGUGGCAGUGACAGUGGCAGUGACAGUGGUACUGGCAUAGGUAGUGGCAGUGGCAGUGGCAAUUACAGUGGCAGCAGCAGUGCCAGUGCCAGUGGUAGAGGCGAUGGCAGUGACAGUGGUACUGGUAGUGGCAGUGGCAGUAACAACGGUAGCGACAGCGGUAGUGUUGGUGGCAAUGGGAAUGACAAUGGUAGUGGUGGUGCUAGUGGCAGUACCAACGGUAGUGACAUCGGUAGUGUUGGUGGCAAUGGGAAUGACAGUGGUACUGGUAGUGGCAGUGGCAGUAACAACGGUAGUGACAUCGGUAGUGUUGGUGGCAAUGGGAAUGACAGUGGUACUGGUAGUGGCAGUGGCAGUAACAACGGUAGCGACAGCGGUAGUGUUGGUGGCAAUGGGAAUGACAGUGGUACUGGUAGUGGCAGUGGCAGUAACAACGGUACCGACAGCGGUAGUGUUGGUGGCAAUGGGAAUGACAGUGGUACUGGUAGUGGCAGUGGCAGUAACAACGGUAGUGACAGCGGUAGUGUUGGUGGCAAUGGGAAUGACAGUGGUACUGGUAGUGGCAGUGGCAGUAACAACGGUAGUGACAUCGGUAGUGUUGGUGGCAAUGGGAAUGACAGUGGUACUGGUAGUGGCAGUGGCAGUAACAACGGUAGUGACAGCGGUAGUGUUGGUGGCAAUGGGAAUGACAGUGGUAGUGGUGGUGGUAGUGGCAGUAACAACAGUAGUGACAUAAGUAGUGUUGGUGGCAAUGGGAAUGACAGUGGUACUGGUGGUGGUAGUGGCAAGGGAGAAGAUGAAGAUGAAGAGGAGGAGGAGGAGGAGGAAAAUAUUAAUGGCAGUGUUGCUGAAAAGGGAAAAAGCAACAGUGAUGGUGGUGACCAUGGUAAUAGAUAUAUUGAAAAUAAAAGUAACAGUGCCGGCAUAAGUCAGGAAACUCCGCAGAAAUCCUUCAACCGCGGAAGUGAAGAUAAAGACAAUGACAAAAAAAAGGAAAAAUUCGUUUUGUACUAUUGGGUCUGGGUAGAUCAGUACUGGGAUGAUACAUAGUGACAUUAGUGAAGAAACCAUCAUUUACCCACCCCCUUCCCGCGCGUAUCGUGGUCGAAGAAGACAAUCCUUCAAGAUAAAGGUCAAGAACUCUUAUUUUCGCACCUCUAGUUUCUAUCAAAACAAGAACACAUUUCUUCAAGAAAAGUGUUUUUGAUUAACCAUAUAUAGGCCUACAUGAAAAAACCAUGAUCUCACCCAGUGUAUCAUAUCCAUUGGCGCAGCUAAGAUUUUCAGAAAAAGGAGUCGUUUUCAAGAAAACAAGGGCAUUUCGUGAACAGAUUUGAAAAUGAAUUUUAGCUCAAAGGCUUUGCUCUUAUGUAUUUUUAUUAUAAGAUAGAGCAUACUACUAUAAAUCGGGCGGUAAAAACCAGAGUCUACUAUAAAAUAACAAUUUGGUCAAAAAUGAGUUAAGUGUAUUAGCAACCUCUGACCUUAAUACUAUUUACUGACAGAGGUUCAUCAUUGAUGCAGCUUUAUCUGUGUACUCAUAGCUGACAGCACUCCACUUUCCUUUCCAUGAAAAAUCAGACGUCAACGCAUUGUUCUCAAGAUGUGCAUGUCAGGUGGAGUCUGGUUCUCACCGCUUUUUAUAAAAGUUGAUAAAUAAAAAUUACUGAGUAGUAUUUUAAGA